UGCCAUGCCUCCUAAAGGAAAGUCAAAGGCACAAAACAUUAAGUUUUCCCAGUUAGGAAAAUAUACAUCAAACAGAAAAAAAAUCAACGAUAUGGAUUUGAAAAUUUCAAAUCAGAGUAACCUAAUUGAGGAAAAACAAAAACAAUUAGCAGCAUUGAGCAGUGAGAUAACUUUGAUUGAAAGGGAUGUUGAUAAGUUAAGAAAUAGAUUAGCUAGAAAAAGAAAACGUGUUAGACACCUAAACUAUGAGUGUAGUAAGAAUAGAGUGGACUCUGAAGUCAAAUUUAGCAUCAGCAAGGUAACAGCUGAGAGGCGUAGUAAAUUCCCAUCAUCUAGUGAUUUAAAUAGAUCAGCAAAAGAUACACGUCGUCUGGAAACAUUUGAAGCUUGUUCUGCCAUUCACGGAGGGUCUAAGGAAUCUGUUCAGCCGGUUAUGUUUGGUAUGAUUGACACAUUGUGUUCGAAAAUCCCCUCAAAAAUGUUUGCAAAAAGUUUAUUGAAUGCUAAAUCAUCUGUAGUAAAACAGAUAAAGGAAACUACCAUCAAAAUAGCAAAUGAAGAAUUUUACAAUUCAGAAGAUAAUAAACUACGUUCUCUCAAUGUUUUUUACAGCCACAAUGUCAUGGGGAAAGCUAAAUACAUGGCAAUUAGAAAGGCAAAUAGAAUUUCCCAGAAUAAACAGAAUUCAGUGGUUAAUUAUAUUCAGUAUCCUCAUUUAGCAACCAUUAUCAAUAACAUUGAUAUAGGAACACUACAUGACAUACAUCCAACUCUAACCUUUGGAGAUGAAACAAAAUCAGUUACAGGAAAUUAUAGAUCGUGUGAUGAAUUUUUGUUACGAUUGGCAAAAUUCUAUUUAAAAGUGAAUCGUCAACGGAGUGACAAACUAAAAACAUUCAAUAUGCUUGAAAAAAAAGAUUUUGAAUCUUUUCUGUUUGUAUUUGCUCUUGGUGGGGAUGGAGCUCCUAUUUGUGGUAUGUCAUUUUUAGUCUCUUUUCUUAAUGUUGGUAAUCGGAUAUGCAGCAGCUCCGAAAACUUUUUAAUUUUUGGUGGUGAUACUGAGGAAAAUUCUACUGUUGUACGCAAUUAUGUUCUCAAGUUGUUGUCGGACGUGAAGUUUUUGGAAAGUCAGGUUUUCACUGUUUAUGUUGAUGAAGUUGCCUACAAAGUUGAAUUUUUAUUGGGUGAAUUACCUAACGAUAUGAAGAUGUUGGCUUUUUUGGCUGGGGAACUAACAAAUUCAGCCUACUACUUUUCAACGUUCGGAAAUGUAAAUAAAGAUAAUUCAGCCAAAUUUGAAUAUACAUACGGAACCAAGCAAAGUGACAAAUGGAUGCCCUUCAACUAUCACAAACGCAUAAGUGAUGCCAAAAAGGUUGAAGGUAAAAAAAAAGAAAUCGAAGUUAAAUGCAAAGGAAAUAGUGCAACGAAACGUAGUAACUUGACAUCUUAUAUAUCUAAAGUUUUGAAAGGUAGACAAGAAGAAGUCCCCUUGGUUGGCCAUUAUAUUGAUAAAGCAAAAGGCGAACCUCUUCAUCUGAAGAACAAUGUCGUCAAAGAGCACUUCAUGAAGUUAUUCAAUCUAUGUUUGGCAACUGCUCCAUUGAAUUCCUACAAAGCAUUUAAAGAUAUACCUUCCUCACAUGCUUUAAUUAAAUUUGUUAAUUUUAUACGUUCAGCAAUGGGAUGUAAUUUUUUGUCGAAAAAAAUUAUCCGGUGGUUUAAUGAAAGCAGUUCUAAGAAUGAAAGUAGUUUCACUUUUCGUUUUCGUGGAAAGGAGAGUAAAGCCUUUCUUUGUCAUUUCCCAGAAUUAAAUUUACUUAUUUUAAAUGAAUUGAAGAGUGAACAAAUGAAAAUAAGGCUGCAUCAAAUCCAUUUUCAGUUCAUAUGUUUGCGAAAAAUUAUUUCACUAUCAGUACGUGUAGAGAAUUUCAAUUUGGAACUUUUAAAAGAUUUAAAGAAGCAAUGUAAACUACUUUUCAAGUCAAGCUGUUGGUAUGAUGUAAGCGUCUCACCCAGUUUAUGGACUUUAUGUAACUGCAUACCUUUCCAUGCUGAAAGUACUUUGCUGUGCUACGGUUUCGGAAUUGGAUGUAAUAGUAUGGAAGGGCGGGAGCAAAAGCACCAGAUGAUUGUAAAGUAUUCUAACAAUACCACUUUCCAAUGUCGCUGGCCAAGAAUUUUCCAUCACGAGUACAUACAAUUGUUGCAUCUGAGAGAAAACGGUUACGAUAAGUUGCACUAUGUUUCAAGAGGAUCUGAUUACAUACCAGAGAGAGAUAUGUGUUGUGAACAUUGCUUGCUGCUUGUUAGAAAUAACUUGAAAUGCCAACUAUGUGAGAGUGCUUUCAUGAAAAAGGUUUUUUCUGAUUUAGAAAUUUAGACACCGUUUUUUGUUUAAAAGUUCAGUAUGUUGUUAGUUCGUGUUAGAUGUAUAUUUUCCUUAUUUCCUUAUUCUGCUAUAUACUUUUUGUUUGCAUAACAUUUGCAAUGUAUAUUUGUGAAUCAGUGAGAUAGUGUCUUUCGCAAGAGUAUGAAUAUUAAUUUUCCCAAUUAGAAAGCUCAAAGAAAUCAAUUUUUUAAUAUAAAUGUGUGUGAAUUAAUGUUUUGUCAGAACAUUUGGUACAUAAAUGUUUACGACGUAAUCAUAUAGAAAGUAUGGUGACUAUUACAGCAUAAAAUUUAUAAUAUUUACAUCAAAGAAUAUGUAUUUUAUACAAAUAUAUUUUAUUUCUAUGAGCAUGGCAAUGCCAAAUUUUCUCUUGCAAAAGAAAACAAAUUCUAGAUCAUCAUCAUUUUUUUCUGUGAAUAGAUGUUAUAAAACACUAGCUAUAUGAUAGUUUAUAUUUUAUUAAAAAAAAGUUUUCAUAGUUCAUAUGUUUUAUUUAAACAGAGUUGUUGUGUUAUUAUUUGCUUCAUAUUGAGAUACAAUGUGUCACAAAAGUAGUUUUUGUUGUUUGACUGUCCUGUGUGUUCUGGCAGCUAGCUAGCUGUGCUGCCUCCAUCCCAUCUUCUUUUUAUUUUUUAUUAUAUGCAAUAAUGAGUAACGGUAGCUACGAAAGCCAUAAAAUAACAAUAAUUUAUCCAUUUUUUACUCGUUAUAUACCAAAUCAAAACUUUAAACACUUGCAGCAACCUUUCAGUGUGUUUAGCCAGGUAGCCAUUUUUAUUUUUCUACAAAUCUCUCCAUCGCGCUGCUGUUGUACCUGCUAUUGUGAAAACCUAGGUUGCAAUUGAAGGAGUGUCGAAUUGCGGCGCAAACUCCAUGUAACAAUCCUUGACAAAAUAGCCAGGCCGUUUGAAAAAUACGAGUUAAGCAUUUUCACACGGGAAAUAGCCCGCCGUGAGGGGGCUUGACUACACUCAGUCUUGUCUUUGGAGAGUGACGACUCCACUUACUACCCCAGUCAAAAAUAAAACAAAAUCAAAUAAAAAUUAAGUUAGCAAGGGGGUUUGAUCAUACUAGGUCUUGUCUUUGGAGAGUGACGACUCCACUUAUUACCCCAGUUAAAAAAAAUAAAUAAAUAAAAAAAUAAAAUAAAAAUAUUAGCAAGGGGGUUUGAUCACACAUGAUCUUGUCUCUGGAGAGUAACGACUCCACUUAUUACCUGAGUUAAAAACAAAGAAUAGCACAGUUGAACAGAAAGUGGUCAAAGUUAAUUUUAGGAAGAUAGGGAUGUCUAGUUUCUGCUGAUGACCGUCCGCGGACCUCUUUGAGGUGACCCAGCUAGACAUCCAGGGUACUUAGGUUCAGAAAUAUAGGUCGAAACCUACCUGCCCUUGGUUAAUGUUCUGUUCAGCUUUUCAAAUGUGUUGUGUCCUUUUUAUUUUAUUUUUUUUUUAUAUAUUUUUUAAUUCCUUGUAAAAAGGGAGAAUUGUGUUUUUAGAGGCAUAUUCUCUAGAGGAGUACAACCUCUAGCUUGUUUCCAAAGACCUAACAGGUUGAGUUCAUCAUUGCGGUGGCUUGCCACCUCUUUGUAAAUUAUUUUCUUUUCAUGCUUCAUGACCUAUACAGAUUUUGUUGUCUGGGUAACUCUGCGUUUGUCAUCGACACAACAUUUAAAGUGGCAGAUAAACUGUGACUCACUGAUUCAUCAUGCACGAAUGAGACACUGAUUGAUGACAGUGGCAAACAUCCAACAUUCCCAGGUACAUUAUUUAAAAUUUAUUAUGUUAAAAAACUUCUACUGCCAAAUCAACUCCUACUAUGUACUUUAUAUUUAUUUUAUUUUAUUGAUGUUAGGCAGCGUUUACAUGGAGCCCGUAGUGAGUUCAAACCGGUUUGAGAUUUCACUACGGCUGCGAUUUUCAAUACGGUUGACGGUCAAGUUUCUAAUAGCGUUUACAUGAGUACACCCGUACUCAAAGUCAAACCGGUUUGAAAUUAACUACGGAGUGAGAAAUAGGUUUGAGAUUUAAAACCGGUUUGAAAAGCUCAUGUAAACAGGACCGCGGACCGGUUUGGCUGUAUCGAUGUAUCUACGCAUGCGUCAAUUAUAUUAUACACAUGCGCGAAUUUGAUAAAUCUUGUUGCCGCAUGCUGGCUGUCUUUCUUUUCGAAAUGGACAACAACAACGCAAGUGCUUCGUGUUCUUCGUCAUUUUUAAAUUCAAACAACUUCAAGAAACGAAGAUUAGGCUUAAGCAAAAAAUCAGUUUCCUCAGCGACGAUGUCAGAGGAUCUAGAGAGUGAUGUUUCAAAUUUUUACAGCCAUUCAGAAAAUCAGUUAGAAACAAUCAAUAUCAGAGAUAU